UUAAUUAGUUUUCUCAAAAGAAAUCAAAUACUAAAAUUUCUCCCUCUUAAAAAUCUUUCCUCUCUCCUUUCACUCCUCCUUUGUCUCAGCUGCAAACAAUGAGCCACAACAGCGGCGCCUCCUCUUCCUCAUCCUCAUCCUCUAGGUUUCUGAAUCAGAUCCCCAACAAUGUCCGCAAAACUAUCCAGCACAUUAAAGAGAUCACCAGUAAUCACAGCGAAGAAGACAUCUAUGCAAUGCUUAAAGAGUGUUCCAUGGAUCCUAAUGAAACCACUCAGAGACUUCUUCAUCUUGAUACAUUUCAUGAGGUGAAAAGGAAGCGAGAGAAGAGAAAGGAGAGUUUGAACAGCAGAUUACGUGAAGAGCCUAAGUGGAAGCCUGGUCAUCAAGGGCGAGGGACUAGGAGUGCUCGAGGGAACCCAUUUUCUCAACAUCAACAACCUACUCAUGAUACUGGGCGUCGGAGGACUGCAACUCUUUGUAAGGAAAAUGGAGUUGAAGAGACCGGGGAGAAAGGUUUCAGGCACUCUCCCGUGCUUGUUUCCAAAGAAAUAAAAUCUGUUCAACCGCGUAAUCUAGAGAAGUUGUCAUCCAUCAUUACAAAUGGGCCACUAGGUCUUCCCAGUGUUAGUCUGAGUGGCGGUGAUGGGUUUAUUUCAUCAAAAAUGGGUUAUUCCUACAUAACAAAGGAAAAUGUUGGGGCUACUGCAGACAUUGUGUCAAUAGAGCCGACGACAAUUGCUGAAAAUGCAUCCUCUGCUUCUAAUCCUCUGCUGGUACUCCCUUGUGAUUCUCGGGCUUCUAAAGCUGGUACUAUCAAAGAAGAAGUGUGUGAUCAGCAUAUGUCUUCAGUAAUGACUUCUCCUCAACCUGCUGAUGAAGGGCUUGAUGUCACUGAAUUUGUUAGUGAUGGUGAUCUAAACCAGGACGAACAUGACUUCGACAGUUCUCAGGUAUCUUCAUCAACAAGCGAGAAGCAGCCAUAUGAACUAGUAGAAGUGGCACAUCUGAAGGUAUCAGGUGAAUGCGUUGUUGCUGAAAAUAGUCAAGGUGUGAAGGAUGCAACCACAAAGCUACAUAAUUUGAAAUUCUCUGAUGGUCAACAUGUCAUCAUACCACAGCAUAUCCAAGUUCCUGAUUCAGUGAAAAAUGUAUUGACUUUUGGAAGCCUUGAUGCAAGAUUUGAGAUUAAGGAAAACUCUGUGAACAAUGAAAGCAAUGAGAUCUCUGACACUGCUGCUGAUUCAGUUCAGGCAGAAACUGUCAGCAAAUUUUCUACUUGUGAUCAAGAUGAUGUAUCUACUACAUCACAAGCAAACAAUGCAGAUAACUCACUGUUGCCAUUGCCUUUACCUGUUACGUAUUCACCCAUGGAUACAAAUUCUUCGUCUAUUAUGGUUUUAAACGAUGAUCAGCCGAAACAAGAUAAUUUAACUGCUGUAGGCCCUCCAUUUCCCGUUGUUCAAACAACUCCAAGCUUCAACUUUGGAUACAUGCCUCCCAUGUUGGCGAAUGUGCUUUCGCGACCUGAAGGAUUUGAGUCGCAAGCUCAUGUUUUGAACUCUCUGGUUGGGAGUUCUAUGACUACCGCAGCAACCAGCCCUCCUCUGACACAGUCUACUGGUGCAGGACCAAGUUCUGUUACAGUAUCUCCUCAGCCCAUUCCUCUCUUUCGUCAACCUUACCCUCCUAACUAUAUGCCAUAUAAUCCUUACUUCUCUCCAUUUUAUGUACCUCCUACAAUGCACCAAUAUUUUGGUCAUGCUACAUUUCCCCCACCUCUUCCAACUGGUGGUAUGUAUAUACCUUCACCUCUUGCUGCAUCAGGAAUAAAAAUUUCUCCGCCAUCUUUCAAGCCAGGAACCAAUACCGGAAACCAAACAACUGUAGGAGUGCCACCUGGUUAUGGGGCUUACAACAUUUCUCAGGCUGGCUUCAAUCAGAAUGCUUCUCUGGCUUAUGGAAGUUCUAGUAACGCUGAAGAUAUUGGGACACCUGCUUUGAUGGAAAAUAAAAUAUACCCAGGACAGCAGUUAGGUUUAAAGAAGCAAAAGCUCGAUUGGUUACAUUGUGGUUGCCAUUGUUUUAUGAACAGAGUGAAAGUUCAGCGGUUUGGCUUCCUACAGCAUCAGGACGAGACACAGCGAGCUUCCAGCAGAGCUCUUUCUUAAAUCUUCCUCCAUCCGGACAACACGUUUUGACUCCUCAGUCUGGGCAUGGUGGCUUUGCUAUCUAUCACGCUCCGCAACCAAUGGGAGGUCCCGCACCAGGUCUUCCACUGUUGCAGCAGUCUCAGCCUCCGGCAGGGCCUGUGGAAUCAAUAGGGCCACCAUCAAAUUCCUACCAACAGCCACAACAUCAGCAGCAGAUCAAUAGGGACAUGUAGUUCAAAUGCAAGAGUUCUAAAAACUUCACAGCAAUACUCGGUACAUGACUAGAAUGAAAAUUUUGAAGAGAGUAUACAUUGGCCUGUUCCUAGUGUAAAUAUGAAACCAUGUGGCCAUGAAUUUGAAAACAGACUAUUAGAAAGUAAAGAUAGGUGGGAGUAGAUUUACUGCGGAUCGAUCCCCUUGGAUAUGCAACAUUCUCGGAGUAGGUUGGUUUCCGGAUCGGGAAAAUUUUUCUUCAUUUUUGGGUUGAAGGAAGCCUAAUAGGAAGUUGAAGUAUGAACUUGUGAAAUCAUUUUUUGGUUAUUUGAAAAACUAAUGCCCUUAUGUAUAUUACAUUGUGGCGAAUCUGAAACUGAAACAAGGUGGGUUAUAGAGUUUGUAAUUGGUAGAAAGAAAUCAGUCUUAACAUGUCAUAUUAUUUACCAUUGAUUCUCCUGCCUUUUGAUUC